AUCAUAUUCAUAACAUAACCUCAACUAUUUAAAACUGUAAAAAAGUAAAAACCAUGUUAAAAUUAAUAAAAAACGGCAUUAAAGUGCGUUGUUAUGGAAAAGCGGCUCCAAUAAAUACCUAUAGUGACACAGUGCUACUGCCAAAAACAAAAUUACCUUUCAGGUUAGAGGGGCAAAAACUAGUAGAGAGAGACAAGAAUAUCCAUAAGCUAGCAAUGUUUGAUGAGCUGUAUGGCUGGCAAAGAAACAAUUUACCAGACCCAGAAUAUGUUUUACAUGAUGGGCCACCUUAUGCCAACGGAAAGCCCCAUAUGGGCCAUGCCAUUAACAAAAUAUUAAAAGAUAUAAUUUUAAGAUACAAAGUGCUCGAUAAAAGAAAAGUUCAUUACACCCCUGGGUGGGACUGUCAUGGGUUACCUAUAGAACUUAAAGCACUAUCUGACACCAAAGAUAUGGGCGCUAUAGAGAUAAGGCAUAAAGCAAGGAAUUUUGCUGAUAAAACCAUUAAUAAUCAAUUAAACACAUUUAAAUCGUGGGGAGUUAUGGGGGAUUGGGAAAAUCACUAUCAAACCAAGAGCGUUGAUUAUGUAGAAAACCAACUGAGGCAAUUUUUAGAACUUUAUGAGAAGGGUUAUGUUUAUAGGGCAUUGAAACCUAUUUAUUGGAGUCCCUCAUCUAGGACAGCUUUAGCAGAAGCUGAGCUAGAAUAUAAUGACAAGCACAAGAGCCCUAGUUUGUACUUCAGAGUGCAAAUUAAACAAAUUCCUGAGGCACCAACACUAAGGGAGAAAAGAGUUUAUGCAUUAAUUUGGACCACAACCCCUUGGACUUUGCCCGGCAAUCAAGCUGUUUGCUACAACGAUUCCUUAUCAUAUUGUGUGGUCAAAAAACCAGAUCCAGAUGAUAAAGAUUUAUAUAUAAUAUGCACUGAUCUUUAUGAUAGUGUUUGUAAAGAAACUGGAUGUCAGUGGCAAUUGUUAGGAGUGCAUUCAGGUGGUUUAUUUCGAAAUGCAACUUAUUUGCACCCAAUUUAUAAGGAUCGAAUUUGUCCUGUGGUACAUUCUGACCAUGCGACUAGCACUAAAGGGACUGGGUUGGUACAUUGCGCCCCGGCACAUGGACCUGAGGAUUUUUUGAUUGGGGCCCAGUAUAAAUUGCCUAUUUUAGAUCUAAUAACUGAUGAAGGAACAUUUAAAGCAGAAGCAGGUGACUUUUUGACCAAAAAAUAUGUUUUAAAGGAGGGCAAUGAUGCUAUUUUAAAAUACUUAGAUGAUGAUUUAAUACAUUUAGGUGAAAUUCGACAUAGUUACCCGUAUGAUUGGAGAACUAAACUGCCUGUGAUAAUCAAAGCCAGUAAACAGUGGUUUAUUGAUACAAAUAAGUUGAAAAAGCAAGCUGUUGAAUUAUUAGAAGAUGUCACAGUGAUACCACAAGACAAAAGUGACAUGUACAAAACAGUAUUGGUGACCCAACUACAGAAACGCCCGUACUGGUGCAUCUCAAGACAAAGACAUUGGGGCGUGCCUAUUCCUGUGUUUUAUCGUGGAGAAUCCGCUCAACCGGUCGUAAAUAGGUCAAUAAUUGAGCAUCUGUGUUCGCAGCUUCAUAAACAUGGUACUGACUACUGGUGGAAAUUACCUUUAAACCAGUUACUGCCCGAGGAAUAUUCCCUGAAUAUUAACGAAUAUAAAAAAGGAGAGGACAUAUUAGAUAUAUGGUUCGACAGUGGCAUCUCAUGGUCUUAUGUGCUAAAAAAUAACCAAAUAGCCGAUUUAUACUUGGAGGGGGCGGAUCAGUUUACCGGGUGGUUCCAGGCCAGUUUGAUCACGUCCACUGCUUUAAGAGACUGCGCCCCUUAUAAGAGCAUUUUUGUGCACGGGUUCGCUGUGGAUAAAAAUGGGGAAAAAAUGUCCAAAAGUUUGGGAAACGUGGUCGAUCCUCAGGAUGUUAUAUGUGGCGGCAAAGACAUGAAAGCUUAUGGCGUAGAUACAUUAAGAUGGUGGGUUGCGUGUCAUGCAAACCAAGUUACUUUAGCUUCGGUGAGCGAGAACAUCCUCAGCCAAUCGAAGGAGGAAGUUCAAAAGAUCAGGGCCGCCCUAAGGUUCUGCGUAAGCGCCUUAAACGAUUAUCACUACGACGAGGGAGAUUUGAAUCACACUCGACUGGUUGACCGGUACAUUUUGCACCAAUUACUCCACUUAAACCGCAAGACCGAAAAUCACAUCAACGAGUGCAACUUUCAUCGCAUAAACACCUCCCUAAUGCCGUUUUUAACCAAUCAAGUGUCCGCGAUAUUUUUUACGAGUAUCAAGGAUCGAUUAUAUUGUGAACCGUCCGAUAGCGUAACGAGAAAAGGGGCCCGAUAUACGCUGCUCAACUUGUUUUAUGGGAUUUCUAAUAUGGUGGGAGCGAUUGUGCCCCAUUUGGUCGAAGAGUUUUAUAACGGUUUGCCUCAGAAAGUUGAGAAAACCACUUUUUUCACCAGUUCGUUUAGAUUGGGGGUUCGUGACGAAUGGGAGAAUAAUACGGUGGAGGAGAUUAUGGAGGUCAUUUUGGAGGUUAGAAAGGAGAUUAAUAAGGAGUGUGUCGAGGGAACCACAUUGGGUAGCGAGGUUUUAUUAGAGGUGCCAGGAAAAAUGUAUGCAAUGCUUAAGGAUUUAAGGGGUUUUGAUCAAGAUCUAAAAGACAUCCUACAAGUGGCUGAUGUCGAAUUGCAACAAAACGACGAUUUGCAGAAGGGAUUUAGGGUUAAAGUGGCAAAAAGUGACCGUUUUGGGUGCCCCAGGUGUAGGUUAGCGGCUUCCGAUCAGGAAAACACGUUAUGCACCAGAUGUCAGAGUGUCGUUGAUGAGUUUAAUGGGAAUAAACGAGCUGUUGCAGGUUGAUUUUUGUGGUUUUAUUCUUAUUUUUUUUUUG